AUGGCCAGUCUCACUCACUGCACCAACAAACAAGUCAUCCAUUCUCUCUUCAAAAAGUACGAUCGAGAUUCCUCCAACUCGAUGAACAUGUCCGAAUUAAAAAAUCUUUUCGUUCAAGAUUUAACAAUUAAUUUCACAGAUGAUCAUCUCGGAGCCAUUCAAAUGUACAUGGACAAGGAUUCCGAUGGAAAAAUCAGCUUUGAUGAAUUUUUCAAUUAUUGGUGCACCAUUGUCGCUCAAGAUCAAGACAUGGUUACAAAUCCGGAAAAUUCCGAACGAUUGUAUCGAUUGACGUAUUGUGCCAAUUUAUUUAAAAAUUAUGACACGAGUAAGAAUCGAGUGUUGAGUGUUCAGGAAUUUGCUCCAUUCUAUCGACAAUUAUGGAAUAAUUAUAGUGCUCAAAUGGUGGAAGUGGAAUCAGCUGUGAAAUAUAUUGAUAGUGAUCGAGAUGGGCAAUUGAGUUUUCAGGAAUUGAUUAAUUGGUUGAAAUGGUUGUAG